UCACGUGGCACGGGGGCGGGCGGGGGCGGGGCGGGUAUAUAUUCCGGCGCGCCGGUCGGUGAGCUGUGAACGCCGCACAGACUCACUGAACCUUCGCGCUUGGGCGUCUGCUGGCUGAUUUCUUCUUUCUCCAGCAAGAAGGAUGGCAUCUGUUACAGUUGAACCACAACUGAGUGUGGUGACCAGGGUGGCCAACCUCCCCUUGGUGAGCUCCACGUAUGAUCUGGUCUCCUCGGCUUACAUCAGUACAAAGGAUCAGUAUCCUUACUUGAAGUCUCUGUGUGAGAUGGCAGAGAAGGGCAUGAAGACCAUCACUUCUGUGGCUGUGACCAGUGCGCUGCCAAUCAUCCAAAAGUUAGAGCCACAAAUGGAAGGAAGCUGCUGGAAACCUGGCAAGGAUCUCCUUUCUGAACUAGAGAAACCAGACAAAGCAUUAUGUGUUGCUGUUGCCAAUACCUAUGCCUGUAAGGGGCUAGACAGGAUUGAGGAGAAGCUGCCUAUUCUGAAUCAGCCAACAAACCAGGUUGUGGCCAAUGCCAAAGGGGCUAUGACUGGGGCAAAAGAUGCUGUGACGACUACUGUGACCGGGGCCAAGGAUUCUGUGGCCAGCACAAUCACUGGGGUGGUGGACAGGACCAAGGGAGCUGUGACUGGUAGUGUGGAGAAGACUAAGUCCAUGGUCAGUGGCAGCAUUAACACAGUCCUAGGAAGUCGGGUGAUGCAGCUGAUGAGCAGUGGAGUAGAAAAUGCACUCACCAAAUCAGAGCUGCUGGUAGACCAGUACCUCCCUCUUACCAAGGAUGAACUAGAAAAAGAAGCCAAAAAAGUGGAAGGAUUCGAUAUGGUUCAGAAGCCGAGUUACUAUGUUAGACUGGGAUCUCUGUCCACCAAGCUGCGCUCACGGGCCUACCAGCAGGCCCUUUGCAGGGUUGAAGAAGCUAAGCAAAAAGGCCAGGAGACCAUUUCUCAGCUCCAUUCCGCCGUCAACCUGAUUGAACUUGCCAGGAAGAAUGUGCAUAAUGCCAACCAGAAAAUUCAGGAUGCUCAGGAUAAGCUCUAUCUGUCCUGGCUGGAGUGGAAGAGAAGCAUUGGCUAUGAUGAUACAGAUGAAUCCCACUGUGCUGAGCACAUUGAGUCACGUACUCUUGCUAUUGCCCGGAACCUGACUCAGCAGCUCCAGACCACGUGCCACACCCUCCUGUCCAGCAUCCAGGGGUUACCACAGAACAUUCAAGAUCGGGCCAACCACUUGGGGGUGAUGGCUGGUGACAUCUACUCAGUGUUUCGCAAUGCUGCCUCCUUUAAAGAAGUGUCUGAUGGCCUCCUCGCUUCCAGCAAGGGGCAGCUGCAGAAAAUGAAGGAGUCUUUAGAUGAUGUGAUGGAUUAUCUUGUUAACAACACACCCCUCAACUGGCUGGUAGGUCCCUUUUAUCCCCAGGUGACCGAGUCUGAGAGUGCUCAGGCCCCAGGUACAGCCAGGAGGCCUGGCAGGUGGAGUAGAAAACACCCUAAACCCGUCCCUGUCAGCAAUGCAGAGGGCAGCCAGCCAGAUGACAGGUCCUCUUGAGCUGACCACCUGCUAGACAGGUCUGAAGUAGGCAGGCAGCUAGUGAGGCAAAAAGGUCUCCACUUCAGUCAUUUCCAACUGGCAUAAGAGCUAUAAGGUUUCUGCAUUAGUGCAUAAGUUCUGUUACUUACCUGGCUAGAAAGAAAAGAAUAAUAGAAUGGUCAGAGCCUGUCCAGAACUCGCACAUGUUUCAGGGCGUUUAUGGCCUCAUUCUUUUGCUACUUACUAUUGCUGUCUGUUUGUACUGAAUAAAAACACCUUCAUGUACGCUGUUGUAUGAAUUGGGGUCUGCUCUGAGCAGGCCUCAACUCUGGUUUGUCUCACAAUGCAUGCUUGUGUACCCUGGGUUUUUUAUCUUUUCAUAAAGAAGUGCCUCCUUUGAAUUCAAUAAAAUUCACUGCAGAAUAGA